GAUUAAAGAUUAAAGAUUUAAAAUAUAAAGUGACUCAAAAUGUUUGUGGAAAAAGUGCUAGAACGAGCCACCAAGUUGGAGCUGUGCUCGAUCCUGAUCCUCGUGGUCAUUAGUCUGAGCAUCUACACCUUUUACGCCACCCUGAACUCCUAUCUGAGAUCGGUGCUUCUCUCGCUGAGACUCACGGGUCCACCAUCUCUGCCUUUUUUGGGCAACUGCAUGCUGGUCACCGAUAAGAAUGUGAUGCGAAAAUGUGCAGGCAAGGCCUUCGAUCUAUAUGGCUCCCUAGUGCGGAUAUGGGUGCUAUUCUUCCCCUUUUUUGCCGUUCUGGAGCCGGAGGAUCUGCAGGUCAUACUCUCCUCCAAGAAGCACACCAACAAAGUCUUCUUCUACCGGCUGAUGCACAAUUUUCUGGGAGAUGGCCUGAUAACCAGCAGUGGGUCCAAGUGGAGCAAUCAUCGCCGUCUCAUCCAGCCGGCUUUUCAUCACAACCUGCUGGAGAAGUUCAUAGACACCUUUGUGGAUGCCUCGCAGUCGCUGUACGAGAACCUGGAUGCCUCCGCCGUGGGCACAGAGAUCAAUAUCGCUAAAUAUGUGAACAGUUGCGUUCUGGAUAUACUAAAUGAAGCCGUUUUGGGUGUGCCCAUCAAGAAGAGGGGCCAGGAUGCGGUCAGCAUGGAGGAUUCACCCUUCCGCCAGGGCAAGCUCAUGAUGCCCACGCGGUUUACGCAUCCCUGGCUGCUGCUCGAUGGGAUCUACCACUGGACGAAGAUGGCCAACGAUGAGCUGAACCAGAAGAAGCGGCUCAACGACUUCACCCGCCAGAUGAUCCAGCGACGUCGGCAGAUCCAGAACAAUAACAAUGGAAGCGGGGAGCGAAAGUGCCUGCUGGACCACAUGAUCGAGAUCUCCGAGAGCAAUCCGGACUUCACGGAGGAGGAUAUCGUGAACGAGGCCUGCACCUUCAUGCUGGCUGGCCAGGAUUCAGUGGGCGCCGCGGUGGCCUUCACCCUCUUUCUGCUCACCCAGAAUCCCGAGUGCCAGGAACGCUGUCUCCAGGAGCUGGAGACUAUCUUUGGGGGUAGCAACCGAGCGCCCUCGAUGAGCGAUCUGCACGAGAUGCGCUACAUGGAGAUGUGCAUCAAGGAGGCACUGCGUCUGUAUCCCAGUGUUCCGCUGAUUGCCCGCAAACUGGGCGAGGAGGUUCGUCUGGCGAAGCACACUUUGCCCGCCGGCAGCAACGUCUUCAUCUGCCCCUAUGCUACCCAUCGUCUGGCCCGGAUCUAUCCAGAUCCGGAGAGGUUCCUGCCAGAGCGAUUUUCGCCGGAGAACUCGGAGAACCGUCAUCCCUACGCCUUCAUUCCGUUUAGCGCCGGACCGAGAUAUUGCAUUGGCAACCGCUUCGCCAUCAUGGAGAUCAAGACCAUUGUGUCUCGGUUGCUCCGCAGCUUCCAGCUGCUCCCGGUGACCGGAAAGACCACCAUUGCGGCCACCUUUAGGAUCACCCUGAGAGCCUCCGGGGGUCUGUGGGUGCGCCUAAAGCCCCGCGAUCAUCCGAUCAUCGAUCACUGAUCACUGAUCGUUUUUCGUUACAUUAACUUUAAUUAGUACGGUAAAUAUGUAUAUAAAUCGAUACAAUAAUUUAAACACUUAGCUUCCUCUAGCCUAAGUACAUUUCCUCUGACUGGAGGGAGUGCAUCCAUCCAUCCGCUGGGAUGGCGACAUAUCCUACUGUGAGUGGGUGUGUGUGUGCGGGUCUGUCUGUAUUUUGGAUCCUGGAUUGUAGUCGCUUCGCAAUCGCUUCAUAUUCGAGUGUUCGUAGAGUUUCUCUGGGGUUUUCCGUUGCCUAAACAAUGCUAUAUCUGCUA